AUGGACUACAGCUUAGCGGCGGUGAAGAUGCUUAGUUCCCAGCUCCGGGACGCUAAAUCGACGCCUUCGCAAAACUCCACCUCCCUAGGCGGUGUACUUUUUCAACGUGCUUGGUUACAGGGCGUUUUGGUCUCCAAUCCGGUCAUCUCCGGCGAUAACCGUAUGGUCCUAGAUGACGGGACCGGUCUUGUCGAGCUUAGCCUCUCCAGCGACUUUGCUAUCCGUCAAUGGAAAUCAGGAAUGUACUUGAUGGUUGUUGGUGUAUACGUUAUCCGUAAUGGAGAUAUACCUCUGCUCAAGGUUCAUAAGAUGGUUGACCUGUCGGGAAGCCCGGAUCGUGAAGCCAUGUGGUACUUAGAAGUCAUGGACGCAUACAGACGGUUCUAUGAGCCCUUGAUUCAAGAGUUCUCUUGA